AUGAAACAAGAAGAUCUUAAUUAUUUGACUUAUGGAUCUGUGAUUUCAAUUUCUCAUGUUUAAGAUGACCACUCAUUUAUUACAGCGGAUGGUUUUGUGAAGCGUUCUGUUUGUUUAAAGAACUUUGUAUUUUAAAAGUAUUUAUCUUAAGCAUCAUAUCGAUGUAGUGGCUGCAAAAAAUUUGGGUAAAAUGAAAAGCAGGCCUUAUUUUAACACACUAUUUUAAAUAUUCCCAAAAUUCACUAACAAUACGAAAUAGGAAAUUUUGAAAGAAUUGUAGGGUGAAGAAUAAGAAGAAGAGACUUAACCUGCAAUUCAAAAUAUUUUAGAUGGGAUUUAAAAAUAGUAGAAAGUAGAUGAGAAAACAAUGAUGUCUAAAGAAUAGAUAUAAUCUUUUUCAUAAAAAUUGUUAUAGGAAUUCAAAUACAAUUUAGACACUUUCGAAAAAGUAUAUUGGUCAUAAUUAUUGUUAGUGCAAAUCUCAUAAGGUUUCGUAUAAAUCUCAUAUUUAAUUGUUGCAUUUAGCAUCUUCAAAAUUUUUAGCAUGUCAUUAAAAGGAAGCAAGAGUGGAGAGUUCAAAUUAUAAAAUAACUCUUGAUGAAUUACCAAGUGAUGCAUCUUUAUUUAAAAUAUUACCAGCUUAUAAAUAUUAAAAGGAAGGAGAGUAAGUAAUUUAUGCAAGUGAUAUAGUGUAUAUAGUGAGAGCAACUUCAUUAAUGAAUAAAUUAACAUUUUUACAUGCAUCUUAAGAAAUGGGUAAUUAUGGAAAAACUAAAAAGAAAUAGAAAAGUGA